UUCACGUCUAAUUUUAGCGAACGCAACAUUACACCACAGAGGAGCAAAGCAAAGAUGGCCACAAGCUGUGCCAAAGGAAACAAGCCUUUUCUCUGCGGAGUCGUAGAAGGUUUUUAUGGUCGACCGUGGUCUACAGAACAACGAUUGGACCUGUUUAACUGUAUGUCUCAAUGGACUCUCAAUUGUUAUUUGUAUGCUCCUAAAGAUGAUGACAAGCAUAGAUCCUCCUGGAGAGAGCUCUACCUUCUUGAAGAAGCUGAUCAUCUUGCAAUGCUAAUAAAGGAAACCAAAGAUCGUGGCAUAGAAUUUGUGUAUGCCAUUGCUCCGGGCCUAGACAUCACUUUCUCUGAUGACAAAGAAGUUGUGUCAUUAAAAAGGAAACUUGAGCAGGUAUUGGCUCUAGGAUGUAAUUCAUUUGCGAUACUCUUUGAUGAUAUUGAUCCUGAUCUCUCAUCUAAAGAUGCUAAAGUGUACUCGUCUGCAGCUCAUGCUCAAGUUACAAUCACUAAUGACCUUUAUUCAUCUCUCGGUGAACCACAGAUAUUCUUAUUCUGCCCAACUGAGUAUUGUGGGUCUCGUGCUGUUCCAAGUGUUAAAGAUUCACCAUAUCUUAAUUACAUUGGAGAGAAUCUUAGACAAGGAAUUGACAUCAUGUGGACAGGUCCAAAGGUAAUCUCAAAGUCUAUCUCCAUAUCGUCUAUUGAGGAAGUGUCUUCAGUCCUGCACCGCCCACCAGUGAUAUGGGAUAAUCUUCAUGCCAAUGAUUAUGAUCAGCGUCGUCUCUUCCUGGGUCCUUACCACGGUCGCUCUACGCUCCUCUACUCCCAUCUCAACGGAGUCCUCACGAACCCAAACUGUGAAUACGGGGCCAAUUACAUACCAAUACACACACUGGCUCAGUGGAAGAAGAGUGGACAGUGUUACUCUGACAGGAUGAGUCAAGAUGUGGCCGGAGGGGGAGAAGGAGUGAGGGCUGGGGAGACGGAGGAAGAAGGAAGGAUGGAGAUGUCUGAUGUUAGUGUUUAUAAUCCGACUGAAGCUCUUGAGAUUGCUCUACACGAGUGGAUGAAUGAGUUUUUAUCGUCAAAGCGGAAACUAGAGGAUUACGGUGGUCCUGCAAAAGACUCUAAAUCUGUUCUUAGAGCUGCAACACAAGACAUGGAGGAACAGUAUGAGGGAGUGAGCAACACUAAUGACAAGAACAGUGGUAUGACUGAUGAUGGGAAGGACCGAGCCUCAUCAGGGAGCUCUGAUAUGGACACAACCUCAGAGAAUAUUGAUGACUCUAUUGACAGUGAGGAUCUACCCACACCACCUUCCACUCUUCACGCUCCUCCUAAAGGAGCCUGUCUCUUUACCAUAAGGGACUUACGGAUCCUCGUUGACUUGUAUUACCUACCACACAUUCACGGUAAAAAAGGAUCCUUUAUAUUAGAGGAGUUUGGUUGGUUGAAGAAGCAUGCGGUGUACUCGGACGUUGUUAAGAAGCUAGAGGAGAGAGGGGGAGGGGAGGGAGAGGUGGGGGGAGAUGAGGAGGGUAAGAGACAGGAAGUGAAGUUAAAGGUGUUGUCUCAGAGUGACGGGGAGGAGGAGGACAGAGAGGAAGAGGAGGAGGAGACACAGACUGGGGAUAAUGAUGAACUGGCUGAGAUAUGGUUGGAGAGGGCACUUAGAUUUCACAAUCUUUGUGAAGAUGUCAAUCUUUGUUUUGAUCACUUGACCACAGUACCAAAUCGAUCACUAUUAUAUGACCUGUAUCAGUACAUGUCAGCAGCAAGAGAAACGACUGCUCUAUUGGACUCCUACAUAUCAUGGCUAGAGGCUGGAGGGAGUCAAGAUCAUCCAAAGCACAAGCCUCAUUCAAGAAUGGGAGGGAUAGUAGCUGAGAUGCUGAGAUUAUUACCGUCUGAUGAAGUGAAAGGAAGGACAUACCUCAUCCGUCCUUAUAGAGAAGAAGACAAAGAUGCUUUAUAUAAGGUUUGUCUUGAAACUGGUGAUAAUGGUAAUGAUGGAACUCAUCUUUUCUCUAAUUUUCCUGAACUCCUGGGAGAUAGAUAUGUAGGUCCUUAUCUUCAUCUUAGUUCUGAUUUAUGUUACGUGUUAGAGGAUCGAGAUGGUCCCUGUGGCUAUAUACUCUCAGCAUUGGACUCACUCAAGUUUUAUAGAGAUUUUGAAACCACGUGGCUACCGAUUGUUACCAGGAAGUACCCAGUGAUAUCUAAAGUGAACACAGAUGAAGAGCAGAAGAUGUUGCAAGAGAUUCAUUCUCCCACUCUGUUUCUACCUAAUGAAUUAUACCAGCGCUAUCCCUCACACCUCCAUAUUGAUAUUAUGAAGAGAGCACAAGGUCUAGGAAAUGGUACUAGUCUAAUAAAAUCACUCCUUAUUAUGUUAAAGGAGAAAGGAUCCUGUGGCGUUCACUUGGAGAUGAGUCCAAAGAAUAAACGGGCACUUCAAUUUUAUUUGAAAUUAGGAUUUAACGUAUUGGACUAUCCCAAUCAUGACUGCCUUAUAUUAGGGAAGGUAUUGUAAUUGUGAUAUUUUGUAAUAUUAUUUAUAUUGGAUUUGGCAUUGUUUUACAUUUA